AUGUCGGCUGGUUUAUAUGUUGAGGAGUACAAUGGCACCAUUGCCACGGGCGGUGACUCGCUCACCGAGGACCUGAACGUCUACUACGAAAGUGGUGACUUUGCUUGGAUCAUGACCUCUUCGGCACUCGUGCUGCUCAUGAUUCCCGGUGUCGGUUUCUUCUACUCCGGUCUCGCCCGCCGAAAGUCAGCUCUAUCACUGAUCUGGCUGACGAUGAUGUCCGUCGCAUUGAUCAUGUUCCAAUGGUUCUUUUGGGGUUACAGUUUGGCUUUUACACACACCGGAAACAACCCUUUUAUUGGCAACCUGGACAACUUUGGCCUGAAGGACGUACUAGGUGCGCCUUCGGUUGGCAGCACCAAGGUUCCUGAUAUUCUCUUUUGUCUUUUCCAAGGAAUGUUCGCGGCUAUUACGCCGGCUCUUGCUAUUGGUGCCGCUGUUGACCGAGCUCGCAUGCUACCUUGUAUUGUAUUCAUGCUGGUAUGGUCCACCAUCGUAUACGACCCCAUUGCUUACUGGACAUGGAACUCCGCUGGUUGGUCUUUCAUCAUGGGUGGUCUCGACUUCGCUGGUGGUACUCCCGUCCACAUCUCCUCCGGUGCCGCCGCGCUGGCCUACUCUCUUAUGCUCGGCAAGCGAACUGGCUACUCUAGCUCUGCCGGCCUUCCUUACCGCCCUCACAAUGUGACUCACGUCAUUCUUGGUACAGUCUUCCUAUGGGUUGGCUGGUUUGGUUUCAACGGUGGCUCUGCUCUUGCCGCUAACCUCCGUGCUGUCAUGGCUUGCAUUGUCACUCAUAUCGCCGCCUCUGUCGGAGGAAUCACCUGGUGCCUUCUCGACUACCGCCUGGAGAGGAAGUGGUCCGCCGUUGGUUUCUGUUCUGGUGCCAUUGCUGGUCUCGUCGCCAUCACACCUGGUUCCGGUUACGUCGCUCCUUGGGCUGCUGUCGUCUUUGGUGUUGUCGGCGGUGUCGGAUGCAACUUUGCUACCAAAAUCAAGUUCCUUAUUGGCGUCGAUGAUGCGCUCGAUAUCUUUGCUGUCCAUGGUAUUGGUGGUAUUCUUGGCAAUAUCUGCACUGCCUUCUUUGCUGCUGACUACAUUACCCACCUUGAUGGUUUCUCCGUCAUCCCAGGUGGUUGGGUCAACCACAACUGGGUCCAGCUUGGCUACCAACUUGCCGAUUCCGUCGCCGGAUUCUCUUACUCCUUUGUUAUGACCUGCGUCAUUCUUUUCAUCAUGAACUUCAUCCCGGGUCUGAGCCUCCGCGUCUCUCCUGAACAAGAGGAUAUCGGCCUUGACGAUGGCCAGAUGGGCGAGUUCGCCUACGAUUAUGUUGAGCUCCAACGCCACACCAGCGACAUUGUUCCCGGCGAAAACUUCUCCGCUGAGCACCAUGGUAGCUCUUUGAAGGGUGGUGAAAAGAGCCCCACUGAAGUCGUCUAA